AAAUGUCUUCCCAUGGGGGGAGUAGUCCUUACAUGUCCAGCAACCCUCCUAUUCCCCCCUCACAUCCACAUCCUAUUAUUGUGUGACCAAUACCAUCCAAAUCAUUCUUACUUUCAUUUCCCAAAGUUAUCCGUCUACAAGGAGACCUGUAUAGAUCACAUGAUGGCACCAAUGAGGAUGGAGGAGGAAACUAAAGUACCCUGGAGGGAAAACCUGGAGGUCACGCAGGCACAGGAGAACAUGCAAACUCCAGACAGGAGAGGUGAGGAGGAUUCUGGGAGGUCACAACGUCAGGUGAUCAUAUGACCAUCACAGUGCCUCCAUGUGACUCCCUAAACCCUGAGAGACACAACAUGCAGAAGAUUCUAGAAGUCACCAAGAAGAUGAUGGAGCUGCUGACAGGAGAGGUGAGCGGUGCCGGGAAUUCUGGGACAUUCUCCAGUAACAGACAAGGGAUGUGUCUGGAUGAAGGACACAAGGAUCUCUACAAGGACGUCAUGAUGGACAAUCAGCCGCCCCUCACAUCACCGGAUGGAUCCAGUCAUGGGAACCCACCAGAGAGAUGUCCCCAAGAGAUAAAAGAGGAGGAGGAUGAGGAUGGAUGGGGGGAUGGAGGAGUCAGAGCUUCUAAAAGUACACAAAGAUCUGUACCAGGACACCAUGGUGGAGUCAUCCAGCUACAGGAACCCCCAGAGAGAUGUCCCCGUCCUCUGUAUUCCCGGGAUUCCACACAGGAAGGUCACACCAUCCCUCAUCAUUACAAGGUU